AUGCCCCGUGCGCCUGUGACUGCGUCCCGACUAUGCUCGUGUCGUUCGCAUGGAUGCGGGAGACAUUCCUCGGGAUCAAAGCCACAACAGCCUAGGACAUUCCGUCGACACCGAGAAGCUGACGAGCUCCUCUACGCCAAGGAAGGAGCUCGUCUAACAGCGGCUGAGGCCACAAAUGAACAUGUCCCGCACGUGGAUGGAAGUGAACACGGGGAUACAUUCGACGCGGACGACUACGCAUAUGACAACGGAUUUGAGGCGCAUGACGAGGGCUUUUCGGAUGAGUUUCAGGACGACCACGCCAAGGAAGACGGGGGUGAACCUUUGCAGCAUCGAGGUUAUGAGCAAAACCUUCUCUUCGGCGACAAUCAUAAUCCCACCCUUGACGAAGAUGACGAUACACCUCCCAGCGAUGACGAGUUCUUUACACGACUCGUGCGUGCUCGUACGCCUCCAGCUAGCCCUGAGGGCUCCGAAGACGAAGACGAAGAAGCAGCACAACCUGAAGAGAACCAAGAGAAUGAGGCACACGACCCUGCCCAGGACAAACUCGACAACGCGUUCAAAAUAACCCUAGAUGAACUCUACGAUUUUUCUGACGUGCAAGAUGUCCUUCAGCCCUACAACCACGAUGAACUCCCACAGGCUUUUGAUGAUCAUCCCGCCAUUCGGAACGUGUACAUCCGUGCAUUUGUCCUAGUCGUCUGCGAAGGCAUAUGUCAUUCAGCGGCUCAGAUGAUGCUAGAAGGAACUCGAAACCUACUCACACAGGUCGCAUUACAACACCCCGAAGAUGAGUACCCUGGUCUGGACAGGUUUGCUUGCACGUUUCCCACUGUGUUGAAGCGGCUUGGUUUAUCCACAGAUAGGUUUGUAAUCUAUCUGUGCAUCUGUGAUGUCUGCUGGGCUGUCCACCACCCCUCACAGCUAUCCGACCUCGAGACCCCUGCUUGCACGGUCGAAGAUUGCCCAGGCACAAUCUAUAAAGAGAAACGGCUCUCCAACGGAGAACUCAAGCGUACACCAGUGAAGAUUGUGCCUUACGUUCCUCUGGAGCGAGCCAUCCAGAGGCUGCUGCUGCGACCCGGAAAGUGGGACCAACUGCAACAUUGGCGUGGCCCGGGUGACGAGGCAGGACCUGCUCCGCCCACAGCUGGCUCCGGCUUCCAUUCCUUCCCUGAUCCCCUCAAACCUAUGACAGAUGUAUACGAUGGAUGGGGAUGGCGUGCAAUUCAGG